CAUUAGCCUUUAAGUUCUUUGGAAAUAAAUUCUCAAAAAAUAAAUAUAAAAAUAUAAAAAAUUCUUUUUACAAUCAGUCAAUAUUAUAUGUAUUCAAUAAAAAGACCUAUGAACAAACAAGUUAUAAUUUACUUAGGGGUAUGAGAAAAAUUCAUAAUCCAUUAGCAAAUGAAAAGAUAUUUGUUGAUAAAUUAUCAAAUAAAACAUCCUUGGAUUGUCAAUUUUGCUCCUAUAAAAUAAAUACUGCUUUAGAUGAACUCAACAUAAGCCUUUCAAAUACUUAUGCCUAUACAUUUUCCAAUGCAUUUAAAAUUGACAAGUGGCAUUCAAUAAUUGCACCAAAAAUACAUAAUCCAACCGAAUUACAAUAUCAACAUGUCAAAUCAAUGAUGGUCUUAAGCCAACAAUGGUUUGGUAAUGCAAGUAACCAUGAAUUUACACAACUCAGUGAUGAUCAAUCUAAAAUAGAAACACAUUAUUUUUACCCAAUUAUUAGUUGGGACUCAUUAUCAAAGGGAGGAGCAAGCCAACUACAUCCACAUCUUCAAUGUUUUCUUUCUCAAGAACAUUAUUAUGGUAAAAUGUAUGGAUUUUUGCAAAAUAUCAAGAGAUCUUCUGGAGUAUAUAAUUCUCACAAAUAUGAUUAUAACAAUUUAGAUGAAAAUAUUGAAGAAUUGGCUCAAAGCUACAGGGAAUAUAUUGAGGAUUUAAUAAAUGUACAUUAUUUUUUUGGACUAACUAUCCCAUGUCCAGGUGAUGUAAAUGGUCUGCAUUUAAAUGAUAAAAGUUGUGUAAUACUGUCAUAUCUAAAUGCCAUCAAGGAACACCAUAUUUUUGUUAUUUAUCAGCCCUAUGAAAUGUAUAAUACUCUAAAUAAUUCUGUCAAUUCAUUUGAUAGGUUUGUUAAGGCAAUUUAUGCUGUAAUAGACACUUACAGAGCACCAGUUAUUCAAAAUGCAACAAAUAAAAAUCCAUCUUUAAAUGCUUCAACCACAUCUUCGCAUCCCAAAUAUGCUUUUAGUGGCUCCAUAAUGUAUCCCCCAAUCAAAUAUAGAUUAUUUAAGGAUAGGAAAAUUUUAGAUUUUCCUACUAUCGCCCAUUUUGUAAGCCGUGCCCCUUACUUUGACGAUGUUUCUGAUUUUAGUGCUAUAGAACUUUUUGUUAUAAAUAAUGUUGUUCAUGAUCCUUAUACCACGAUUAAGGAUUUGAAAUCUAAAAUUCCUCUGAUAAAAUUUUAAAACGUCAAAUCAUCAAUAUUCACAAUUUUUAAAUUUUUUUUGCUCAACGUGAACUUAAAUCAGGACAUUUUUUUUUAAAAAAAGAAUAAUAAAAUCUAAUCAAUUAUAUAUCCAUAAAAUAUAUCUUGUUUUUAUAAAUUAUCAAAUUGUAAUC